GAUGGAUUCUUAUUGCCACGCGUACGCCUUGGCUACCUUCUUUUUUCUGAUGCGUGUGGAUGCUGGACAGGGCCGUACUCGUUUGCAUAUCGGCGGCAUGUACCCGACAACCUUCAAUCACUUGGUUUACUCCAAACAAGGCUACCACGCCCUUCAUCUAGCAAUCAGUCACGUCAAUAGUAAUGCUCACAUUCUUCCUUAUCACGAGCUGGUCUUGCUACUGAACGACUCAAAGUGUGAUGUAGGAUUGACGCUCUAUCAAAUGAACCAGCUGUUGACGUCUCCCAAGGCGAAGAUGAUUGCUUUAGUUGGAGAGGCUUGCUCGCCCGUCACACAACCUUUGGCUGCGACAACUCAGCUUUGGAAUGUUCCUCUUUUCAAUUUUGUGUCUCAGUCAGAAAAGUUGGAAAAUAGGAUUAUUUAUCAAAGAUACUAUCAUGUUUUACCAACGGCGACUGGACUAAAUCGAGCUCGAGUUCUUCUGCUUAGCACCCUAAAUUGGAAAAAGUCUGUUGUGGUCAUAGAAUCAGCUGAACUUCAUACGCUGACAGCUAAGGAUUUCCGGGAAAGGGCUGAAAAGUUUGGUUUGGAUCUCCCAAGCUUACACGUAUUACCUGCCAAUAAUAACUUUACAGACACAGCACAACAAGUAAAGAAGGAAAACGUUCACGUGUUGAUAGGACUGUUUUAUGAAGACACAGCACGCCAGGUCAUUUGCACAUUCUAUAAGAAUGGAGUAUCUGCUCCAAAUUUUGUCUGGAUUUUUGUUGGCUAUUACGAAUCUGAUUGGUAUCUACUCUCUGAGACAACAAAUUGCACUCGAGAGGAAAUGAAACAAGCAGUCAAUGGUCAUUUUAUUAUCGAUUUUAUUCAGAUAAGCGAAAAUACUGACAAGCAGACGUGGAUUGGAAAAAACAUUAGAGAAACCGUUAGGGAAUUUCAAAUGAUAAUGAACAUGUCGUCCAGCACUCCUGUGGAUGAAACGUUUACGAAAUACAGUGCAUAUGGUUAUGACUUGAUACUUGCUAUGGCCAGAGUGAUUGACAUAGCAGUUCACGAACUGAACGCCACAGGACGAUUAGAUCAGAUUAAUCAUUUUACGUAUGACGAUGACCAUGUAGCCAACUUGUUCGAUUCAAUUCUUACAAACCGCUCGUAUUUGUCAAACGGUCGUGGACAGGAAUCGUUUUCAGUGGAGGGUCUUACUGGAACUGUUAAAUUCUUCAAUUUAUUAUCACCUGAUGAGAAAGAAGAGACCGGUGUUGUUAAAAUUAAAUAUAUUCGAACUUUGGUAGACGAAUCAGAUCAGGUAACUAACGUGGCUUUCUUCAACAAUCGUGAUGUGAAUGCUACUAAGAUAGAAGGAGUGGAGAAAAUCCCUUGGACAACUAGCGAUGGUACCGCUCCUCGUGAUUCAUCGAACAUUGUACUUGUACUCGGAGACAAAGGAGUAUUCAUAGCAGUGGCUGUCGUUGACUGUCUAUGCAUAUUGAUGGCAUUUGGUCUGCUAGUCUACAUCAAUCUCCAUCGUGAUCACAGUGUGAUAAAAAAGUCGUUUCCGUACUUAAGUAGACUCAUUGUAAGCGGCGGUAUUGUCAUAUAUGCUGUGGUUUUGCUUUAUGGGUUUGAUGGCAUAUUUUUCAAAUUUAAUCGAUCAUCACUGGCAUCUUGCUAUUUGCGUACAAUAUUAUUGGCUGUCGGUUUCACCGCAGUGUUUGGGAGUGUUCUAGUGAAGACGAUAACAAACCUUACAAAACGUGUAUUGGGCUCUAGAAUGCACGAGGACUCUUUGUUAUUACUGAACGGAAUUCUUAUAUUUGGCUGUCUUCUUCUCAUUGACUGUAUAUUACUGUCAUUGUGGGCUGGAGUGAAUCCGUGGCAGGAGAAAGAAGAAAUCAGAAGUAGCACAGUUCUACAGACAUAUAUACGACACAGGUGUGCCAGUGACAACAGCACGUUUUGGAUCUCGGGAUUGAUUCUGUACAAGGUUGUCGUUGUGUUGAUCUGUAUUACUGCUGUCACGAUUCGAGCUAAAGUAAAAACCACACAACAACAUGGAACAAGCGACUCUCCAUAUGUCGACUUAUCAGCAAUAUUUAGCUGUAUUAUCCUAAUCGUGCCUGCAUUUGGAUUUACGUUCAUCGAGCUACCAAAUGUGCGGUACUCGCUUGUAUCGGUUACUCUGAUGUUUACUGUAUCCGCAGUUCUGCUAAUUUAUUUCUACAGAAAGAUUCAGUGGAUCAGACAAGGGAUAGAAGAAAAUAGAGACAAUCCCCGAGCAGAUUAUCAUGAUGCCGAUAACGGUGGCAAUGUCGACCUUGAGGUUCAACAAGACACAUCUAGAGAACUGCAAGGGAUGAGGAGAAGAAGCAGAGACCUCAGAUUGACACUUGAGAAAGUGAUUGAAUGUACCCAUGGAUUGGACGACUGUUUGGUUCAAGAAGCGAACAGCAUACUCAGGAAUGAAGCUACUUUUGAUAGUGAAGAUGAGUCUGUGCUUGUCAACCAGUCAUCUACAAUUGCAGAAGGUUCUCUUUCUUAAGUCAUCCAGUGUCACUAUAUAAGUACAGUGUGCAUACACUGUAGAUCUUGUUACCUAAUAAUAUUAAUUAAUAAAUAUAAUAGUUACAGUUAAUUGCUAUGGUGUAAUAAACAGAACAAUGUAAUUAAUUAGCAUAUUGUAUAUUUCAACUCAGCAAUGGAAUUUGGCUUGUAAUUUGUUAAGCAUUUUUAUUAAGGUUUAGCGUAGGGAAGAGCUUGUAAGUAUAAUAGAUGUACA